CAUUUAAAAAAAGAAAAAAAGAAAUUAGGAGUAGAUUUUUGUGGAAGGACUCUUUCAUCUAUUUUCUUCAAUAAAGAGAACAAACUAAGGAAAAUGACGAACUCCCAAGCAAACAAACCCUUAUUGAGUGUACAUACAACAGAUCUUUAAAAACUUUCCGCCUUGAGCUCUUUCAGGCCGCAAGCAAUAACGGAGAGUUCUGCCUCCUUCCACAAUCAAUCCUUCCUCCAUUGCUAGGGUUUCACCUUUCUCCAACGCAGGUUGUUUCUGCCGAUCAUUCUUCAUCAUAGGUUAAUUUCACAAUGAAAUGUCGUGGCCUUGUUGCGAUUCUAUGAUCCACAUCCACCCCGUUGUGCGCAACUCUAAUCUGAUUUUGGAAGGAAGUGAGGAGGACUUGGUAUCUGCUUGAUCAUCGGUCCGUAUUGGAUAUAUAGUUUGUUGGCUGUGAUCAGAAGUGAAUUUUAAGAGGCUGGAAAUGAGUGUUGUUGGGUUUGAUGUUGGGAAUGAGAAUUGCGUCAUAGCAGUCGUCAGGCAACGUGGAAUUGACGUGUUAUUAAAUGACGAGUCAAAACGUGAAACCCCUUCUGUGGUGUCGUUUGGUGAGAAGCAGAGGUUUUUGGGCUCUGCGGGGGCUGCUUCCGCCACAAUGAAUCCUAAAUCAACAAUUUCUCAGUUUAAGAGGUUGAUAGGCAAGAAAUAUAUGGAGCCCUCAGUACAAAAUGAUCUGAAAUUGUUUCCCUUCGAGACCUCAGAAGGAGCUGAUGGUGGCAUCUUGAUUCAUCUGCAGUACAUCAAUGAGAAACAAACUUUUACCCCUAUUCAAAUUCUUGCGAUGCUAUUUGCACACUUAAAACAAAUAGCCGAGAAGAAUAUAGACACACAGGCUUCUGAUUGUGUUAUUGGGGUGCCUUCGUACUUCACGGACUUGCAGAGGCGAUGCUAUUUGCAAGCUGCAGAGAUUGGUGGUCUAAAACCACUGCGGUUGAUACAUGAUUGUACUGCUACAGCACUAGGCUAUGGAAUUUACAAAACAGACCUUUUACCCGGCAGUCCCACAAAUGUUGUGUUUGUUGAUAUUGGUCAUUGUGAUACUCAAGUUUCUGUGGCAUCGUUUGAGCAUGGACAUAUGAAGAUGCUAUCUCAUGCUUUCGACGUUGAGUUAGGUGGAAGAGAUUUCGAUGAGCUUCUGUUCAGACAUUUUGCUAGAAGCUUCAAGGAACAAUAUAAUAUUGAUGUCUACUCAAAUGCUCGUGCUUCUGUUAGGCUCAGGUCAGCAUGCGAGAGAUUGAAGAAAGUAUUGAGUGCAAAUGCAGAAGCACCACUGAAUAUUGAGUGUUUGAUGGAUGAAAAAGAUGUUAAGGGUUAUAUUCGGAGAGAGGAAUUUGAGAAGCUAUCAUCACUUUUGUUGGAAAGGAUCUCUGUUCCUUGUAGACAUGCUUUAAGGGAAUCUGGCUUGCAUUUGGAUAACAUUCACAAUAUCGAACUUGUGGGAUCUGGGUCUCGUAUACCUGCCAUUACUAAAGUUUUAAGUCAGCUCUUCGGGAAAGAACCUACUCGCACUUUGAACGCUAGUGAGUGUGUUGCACGGGGGUGUGCUCUUCAGGCCGCAAUGCUUAGCCCGGCAUUUCGCGUUAGGGAGUAUGAGGUGCAGGAUUCAUAUCCUUUUUCCAUAGGGUUUGCAUCAGACGGAGUUCCAAUUUGCUCACCAUCAAAUGGUACACUGUUUCCUAAAGGCCACCUUUUUCCAAGUAUGAAGAUACUUACGCUGCACCGGAGCAAAUCAUUCCACAUGGAAGCCUUUUACACGCACCAAAUUGAGCUGCCCUCUGGUGUAUCUACUAAAAUAUGCUCUUUUACGAUCGGCCCUUUCCAAGUUUCCUCUUCAGAAAAAACAAGGGUUAAAGUCAGAGUUCAGCUCAAUGUACAUGGGCUUGUUGAAAUUGAUUCGGUGUCACUUGUAGAGGAUCAAGUAGCUGAUUUUUCCACAGAAGACACAUUUUCAGAUAACAAUGAGGGUGAUAAAACUAAAAAGGGUAAGUCUAUCAAGAGGUUGGAAAUACCUUUUACUGAACAUGUGGAUGGUGCAAUAACACAAGCAGAGCUGUGCAGAGCGUGUGAUAUAGAACAUCAAUUGGCAGAGCAUGACAAGAAGGUGGAGCGGACUAAAGAUAAGAAAAACACUCUGGAAGCCUAUGUCUAUGAGACUCGUAAUAAGCUUCUGAACACAUAUCGGAGCUUUGCGACUGAUUCAGAAAGAGAGGAUAUCUGUAGUAAUCUGCAGCAGACUGAAGACUGGCUCUAUGAAGAUGGAGAUGAUGAGUCUGAACAAAUAUAUUCCCAAAAGCUAGAGGGUCUUAAAAAGAUUAUAGACCCAGUUGAACAAAGAUAUAUGGACGAAGAUGCACGUGCACAAGAAACACGAAAUCUACUACAUUGCAUAGUCGAAUAUCGAAUAGCUGCAGAAUCUCUUCCAGCUAGCGAGAAAGAUUAUGUCAUCAGUGAGUGCGAUCAAGCAGAGCAGUGGCUUAGAGAAAAGUCCCAACAACAGGAUGCAUUGCCUAAAAAUGCCAAUCCAGUACUGUGGUCAAGUGAUAUCAAGAGAAAAGCUGAUAUUCUUGACGCGUCUUGCAAGCGUAUGCUGAGGUCCUCCAAAUGGUCGCCACCAUCAAAUGCUGACAUGGACACGGACACAGACUCACAUUGAAUAGGUAAAAAUGGGGAUGAUACAGCCGACACCACAAACUGAGAGUGAGUUUGAGACCUUUAGAAGCCAUUUUGCUUACUGCUCGUCAGCUUGUGGGCUAUUUUGUCUUUCCACAAAGUUUAACUCUCUCUGGGGCGUCACGUCUACAAAUCGUCUUUUGCUGGUAGGUAUGAUCUUGCUGUCAUUUAUGCAGAUUCUUGGGUUCUAGUGACCAAAUUGCCCUCGUUCUCUCCUUAUAAAUUUUCUGUUUUGAUAUAACCAUUCACAUAGCUUCUCUGUACCUGUUUUUCAUCCAUCUUCAUUAUUUAAAAGAGAAAACAUAUAGCGCUUCCUCUAUUUAU